CCUUGAGAAAAACUCGGUCGAGGGCACGACCGUGCUUUGGUUUUGCCCCGUGUUAAAAACACGCCCGCGUCGUCCAAAACACGGUCGUGCCUAAAUAUGGACACAGCCGUGUUUUGCUUUAGGCCAGCCCGUGUUUUGCUUUUCCAUCAGGUCAGCUCUCGGCAAUAAAAACACCGGCGUGCUUGUUUGUGUACGUGACCGUGUUUUGGUUUAGGCCAGCCCGUGCUUUGGCCCCAGCUCCACCGAAUGACUUCCAAAUUCCCCGAAACUCAUGCUUAGCCUUUCCUUCGACGUCUGGGACCUGAAAUAUGACAAAGCAGCACAACCCGACGUAAAAUGGGCAAAAAAUACACGACUACUAGCCGCAAACGGAUAAGAACUAAGGGUGCAAACAUGUGCAAAUACAUCAUUAUCAAUAAUCGAUUGAAGUGUUUUGAUUGAGUCAAUUGAAGUCUGAUCAUCUUUUAUUGAUUUCUGCUGCAACCUGAGAUAGAUAGAAUCUGAUUAGGUUGUUAGAGCUUCUUCAAUCGGUAGUAGUGAAUCGAUUAUACGAGAGUUAGUCGAUUCACUGCUUUGUACAGGAAUCUAAUUCCAGUAGUGGAGUUCUGUGUUCAUUGCCUCAGCAUUCUAUCCCGGUGAAGACUAGUCGUCUGCCGGGUAGUUUGACUGAGAGGGCUUGGUCAGCUUAAGAGAUUCCAAGCUACUGUCGGAUCUUCCGCAGUAUAAUCAACAGUAAAGCAACCAAAAGUAAUUACAGCUUAGACCUAACUAAGGAGCUAGGGGGAAUCAUUCUCGAGUGACUCUUCCUUUGCUUUAGAAAACCGAACCAUUUCCUGCUUUCUUACUGCUUUUACUUAAAUCAAUAAUCACUUAACUUAGUUUGCUAGAUAACAGAUAUACACGGAGUAGGCAGUAGAUCUAGACCCCGGGUUGACAAUUAGAGCUUGCCUGUUACUGCAUUUCCGGACUGCGAUUACACUUGGUCGAAGUUUGGUGUUGUGUUUUAGCGUGUCAAGUUUUUGGCGCCGUUGCCGGGGACCUCUAGGUUAUUGUAGAAACGUGAAAGUCUGUUACUUUAGUUUCUUUUCUUUUCUUUUCCACCCUUGCUUUUCACUUGGGUGUUAUGUUUUUGUUGGUGCAGAUCUGAAACAUGGAUCCUCAUGGCUGCUCCAACCAUUGGGGGUAUCAACCACCAUCUGUGUGGUAUUACCCCGAGACUUCCUGGAGCAACCAAGGAGGAGAAGACUAUGGAUUUGGAUGUCAGUACCAACCCCCCUACUACGGAGAACAACUAAACCCUUGGGAAACUCAAGAACAAUAUCCUUUUCAAGAAGAGUUCCUGCCACAACCAGAGGGGCCAUCUGAGUUAAAUUUAUCCAUGGAGGCCUUCACGGGCCACUCUGCAAAGCCAUGCUACACUUCACUAGAAGAUCCGAACAAACAAUUAAGGCUUCUCGUGGAGUAGUUUGCUCGAGAUACUGAGAGAUCAUGCUCCAAGAUGGAUCUUCAAAUCCAAGCCCUUGCCCCUUCCGAUCCCUCAUUUCUCCAUGAAAUGGAGGAAACUGUUCAGUGCUCAGCGAAGCAAACAGAGUGGGUGGAGAAAGUUUGCUCACAUCCUGCUCAAGAUCACCUUUCUGCUACCACGCUAGAAGAGGUGGAGGAUGACAAAGGAUACGGGGACGUUGAGGAGCAUACAGAAGUUAUCACAGAGAACUCCCAUGAUAAUCAUGAUCAGGAAAGUCCUCUGGUUGUAGAUCACACCUUUCCUCAUUUCUGCUCUAACAUGGUGGGCCCGAGCGAGGAGAUGCAAGAUGAUCUCAUUGAAGAAAUUACAUGGCGACUUGCUCUCCAAUUUGUGCUAGAAGAAGAAGAGCGAGAAAGGGUGAGGGAAGAAUUUGUGGAGGACGAGGAAGAAAGCAAAGAAGAGGAAGUUCUUGAUCUUUUCCAAGGGGAGAAAUCACAUUCUGAUGAAGGAAGGGGGGGGGGGGGGUUAAAGAAGCAUGUGGUGUCCAGGCUGAGGAUGAAGUUGAGGUGGAAGAGGCAUGCACCGGCCAUGAGUUACAUAUGAUAUCUCCACCAAACUUCGAGGAGCUGCUUGGCAAGGACCCAUUUGCAGUGUCUCUUUGCUAGACCAAGAUCAAAUCAACAUCGAUCCCUCUUGGUGGAUGCGAUGGUGGUCAAUCGAAUAUAUCUUAUCUGGUUUGGGGCAAUGAGACAAGAGCAGACGCGAAGGAGAGGUCUCGAGAGUGGAGACUUCAUCUUCAUCAAGGCCACGAGCCAUCUUCAUCACCUAUCACAUCACAUGCUCGUGACUUGAGACUCCACAUCAUCGACGAGAACCUCAACUUCAAGGAGGUUUUGGGGUGGACCGAAAAUUAGGAGCCACCGUCCAGCUUAGAUGUAAAAGAAGCGCUUGUGGGGAGGCAACCCCACCAAGGUUUGUUUUUCUGUCUUUUUUUCCGGCUUGUCCACUUGGAACUAUGGUUUCUAUCACCCAGUGUGUUUUGCUGAUGCUAGCCCCACUGACUGGUCCACUUUCAGUCCCCCGACAGUCUUUCCUUCCGGUAACAUCGUUCCCCUUAUCUCUCCCUCUGCUCCAUUGAGGGCAAUGUCGUGUUUUAAGUGUGUGUGUGGGGGGGGGGGGGGCUUUGUAUCGGUUGAAAUCUAUAUAUGUGUGCUUGGAGCCUAGUCCGCUGUCCAAAUCUCGAGAUUUGAGGGCUCCAAGUACUGAGGUUUGCAUGAUUAUAUUGGCACUGUGGAUUUGAUUGGUGAAUCGAAUGGCUUUCGAAUUAUUGCAUGACAACUUGAUUGUAACUAGAACAACCUAUGAUGAUGGCUGAGAUGUGCAGUAGAAUUGUGUAGGGGUUUAGCUUUUUUUGGACAGUUUGCUUACCAACUGUGACUUGGAUUGAUCACUUACUCUUGAUAGUCGUUUAUGCAUCUAGUUCAGGGAAUCAUAAUGAGAGAUAGGGCAUAUAGGUAUCCAUGUGAGAUUUGAGCCUGCUCGUUUCUUUCUUGUGCGAUAGUCCCCUCUUCCAUGAUGUGUAGCAUUCACGUUGUCACUAGCUAAGAUGAUUGAGGCAUAGGAUUAGCCCACGACCAAAUUGACUAUCCUGGUGUGUCAUACCCCCUAGUCAGCCCUUUGAGCCGUGUACUUUUCUUCCUUUCGGUCUACAAUGGAAAAUCACCCUUUUGCAUCUUUUAGAAGGUUCCACAGAGUGGUUUUUGCAUGUUCUCUGGUGUUUCUGCUAAAUAUAAUGUGAGGGUUGGAGGUAGUUCUUAAAAGAAAAGUUGGGCAUGUGUUUGAAAAAUGUGCAUAGGUGGUGGUUCUCUCAAGAAAUGAAAAAAAAAAGAAAAAAAAAAUAAUGAAAGCAAAAGAGAGCCACCACCACAAAAUCUGAAUAGUGCCCAUUAAGUAGUGUUUCUUAGCAGCCUGGCUUGGAAAUACUAAUAUUUAUGUGACCUCGUUCGCUCUUGUGCUCUAAAGAAUUUGAGUAAUGCAGAAUGGCAGAAAGAAAGUAAGUGGUUUGAUUGACUGUGAUUGUGUUGGGUUGGGAAAUGUGGAACCUUGUGCUAUGAAUACUUACACCACCUAAAAGGCCUUUUCCUCAUGUCCUUCACGUUGUCACUAGCUAAGAUGAUGGAGGCAUAGGAUUAGCCCACGACCAAAUUGAUUGUCCUGGUGUGUCAUACCCCCUAGUCAGCCCUUUGAGCCGUGUACUUUUCUUCCUUUCGGUCUACAAUGGAAAAUCACCCUUUUGCAUCUUUUAGAAGGUUCCACAGAGUGGUUUUUGCAUGUUCUCUGGUGUUUCUGCUAAAUAUAAUGUGGGGUUGGAGGUAGUUCUUAAAAAAAAAUUUGGGCAUGUGUUUGAAAAAUGUGCAUAGGUGGUGGUUCUCUCAAGAAAUGAAAAAAAAAGAA